AUGUGUUGUAACUACUGCGGCAACUCCUGUGGCUAUGGCUGUGGAAACAGCUACAGCUGUGGAUUGAGACGCUAUUAUGGCUGUGGUUAUGGAACCAGAUAUGGCUGUGGAUAUGGGACUGGCUGUGGAUAUGGUUCAGGAUAUGGUUGUGGAUUUAGCCCCUAUUAUGGCUGUGGAUACAGCUCCCGUUAUGGCUGCGGUUAUGGAACCAGAUAUGGCUGUGGAUAUGGCUCCUGCUGUGGCUGUGGAUAUGGCUCUGGCUAA